GUAGUAUCCUACUCAUUAUAAACGAGACAAAUGUAGUGGAGGAUACAUCACCAGCAAAUUACAAACAAGCCAAAACUGAGCUUUUCCCAUCUGUCAAGUAGGCUUUUGAAUAAUCAUCCGGCAAGUUUAAUAAAUGCUCACUCCAUCUCUGUCUCAACCAAAUAACAAUACAAAGAGAGAAAGAUACCCUCGCCCGUCGCAUUAAGAAAAUAAUUAACCUCGGACCCAUCGCUCACUUCUUGUCCCCUUAUCUGGCUUCUCUCAUAACCCCACUCAAUUAAUCUAAACUUUAUUCAUCAUCUCAUUUCACUUUCUAAAAACUAUCUAUAUUUUCUUCCUCGCACCAUAUCCAUAUUCUACUCUCAUUCAAUUCAACAUGCGGUUACUUUCAUGGCUAGAAACUUGCACCUCCGCCAACUGCGCCACCGCCACCCACAACUCCACCGUCGAACUCCUCCCGUCAAGAAAACAUCAACAUGCAUUUGACUCAAGUACUUCAUCUUCUUCGUUAUUAACCUCCGAUGACAGCACUUCCAGUACUCUUCAUAGCAACUACUCCAUACAAACACUCCCCUCCGUCCCUUCUCUGCAGAAACUCUCUUCUAACAAUCUCAGCAACUUCUCCAUCUCUUAUCACUGUCUCACCUCCCUCACACCCCACCCUUCUCGCCCUAUCACCUCCCUCGCUCUCCAAAACAACCUCCUCUACGCCGCAACAGAAAACCAAAUCGACGUCUACGAUCGUCACACGUGUACCAAUCUCCAGACGUUUAACUCCGAAGCAACUUCCGGCUCCACUAAAACCAUCACUUUCUCUAAAGACAUGGUUUUCACCACUCACCAAGACUGCAAAAUCCGCGUCUGGAAAAACAAUCAACACCGCAAGUUAACCACUCUCCCCACCGUCAACGACCGUCUCCGCCGCUUCCUCCUCCCGAAAAACUACGUCACUGUCCGUCGCCAUAAUAAACGUCUCUGGAUAGAACACGCUGACACCGUCACAGACCUCGCCGUCUCUAACGGCGUUAUCUACUCCGUUUCGUGGGAUAAAACGCUUAAGAUAUGGAGAGUCUCCGAUCUUCGUUGCGUUGAAUCAGUCAAAGCUCACGAAGAUGCGGUCAACGCGGUUGCAGUUUCUAACGAUGGAACCGUCUACACUGGAUCAUCCGAUAGACGAAUACGCGUUUGGGCGAAACCAGUUGGAGAAAAAAGACACGUUCUUGUUGCUACCCUAGAGAAGCAUAAAUCAGCGGUUAAUGCUUUGGCGCUAAACGACGACGGUUCGGUGUUGUUUUCGGGUGCAUGCGACCGUUCGAUAUUGGUGUGGGAGAGAGAGGAUAGUGCGAAUCAUAUGGUUGUGAUUGGGGCUCUGAGAGGGCAUCAGAACGCGAUACUGUGUUUGAUCAACGUCUCUGAUUUGUUACUAAGUGGGUCCGCUGAUCGGACGGUUAGGAUUUGGAAACGAGCUUAUGAUGGGUCGUUUUGCUGUGUUGGUGUGCUUGAUGGGCACCAGAAACCUGUGAAGUCGUUGGCGGCAAUUCCGGAUGGGGAUGAUGAAAGUUCAACGAACGGUGUCGUUUCUGUUUUUAGUGGUUCGUUAGAUGGUGAGAUAAAGGUUUGGCAACUUUCUAUUGGGUGUCUGGCUGAUCAGGAUCAAGAUUUUAUGAUUUCGUAGAUUGCUUGUAAAAUUAAAGUCACGAUAAGGAAAGUAAAAGCUUGAUAAUAAAAAUAGUAGUUACAUGAUCACAUGUAUUUAUACUUUUUGUGGUAUAGGGCAAAGGAUCUAUAAAAUUAUAAAGUUCUAUUCCAA